AAGUAUCCCAGUCUACACCCACCUAUCUAGCCAUUGGAGUCGCUAGCUUCACAGGCCUGGCGUGGCCCGCUCUCAGCCCCGCUGCCCUCUGCCUGUGACGGGAAUCCAUCGUGACAGGAUACCAGCACCACCACCGACUGUAAACAUGGCGGCAUGCACAGCCGGAUGCCUGUGCUAUGUGCCCCCUUACUGAAGCCCCGAUCAUCGACACACUUCCAUGAUGGAGACAGAGGAGGAGCAGCAUAUGACCACGCUGUUAUGCAUGGGUUUCCCAGACCCGGUGGCCAUCCGGAAAGCCCUGCGCCUGGCCAAAAACGACAUCAACGAGGCUGUCGCGCUGCUCACCAACGAAAGCCCGGGACUCGGAUACGGCUACGAGCCGAUGGAAAGCGGCACUUCCCCGGGCUCCGGCCUCAGUGGAGACGGCGAGAACAGCGGGCGCACGGGCACCGGAGGGUUUGAUCCUCCGCCAGCGUAUCACGACGUCGUGGAAAGUGAGAGGAGUAAUGAUGAGAACGGGAACUGUUCUGGGAACAGCAUGGAGUUCCCCACCACUAAUCUGUAUGAGCUGGAGAGCAGAGUGUUCACUGAUCACUGGUCCAUACCGUACAAGAGAGAGGAAUCACUCGGCAAAUGCCUCAUCGCCUCCACCUGCUUGGCCAGACUGGGCUUGGCUGAUGCAGAUGAGAACUGUAAGAGGUUCAUUGACCGCUGCAUGCCUGAGGCCUUCAAAAAGUUGCUGACGUCCAGUGCGGUGCACAAGUGGGGAACUGAGAUUCACGAGGGCAUCUAUAACAUGCUAAUGCUGCUGGUGGAUUUGGUCGCGGAGAGAGUCAAACAGGAUCCCAUACCCAUCGGCCUCAUGGGAGUUCUUACUAUGGCUUUUAACCCUGAUAACGAGUAUCACUUUAAGAAUCGGAUGAAGGCCUGUCAGAGGAACUGGGCGGAAGUGUUUGGAGAGGACAGCAUGUUUGCUGUUUCUCCCAGCUCCAGCUACCAGAAGGAGCCUCACGGCUGGCUGGUGGAUUUAGUGAAUCGGUUUGGAGAGAUGGGAGGCUUCACAGCAAUUCAGUGCAAGCUCAACCAGGAAGAAAUAGAGAUUGGGUGUGUAUCAGCUCUGGUUCAGCCGCUCGGCGUGUGUGCAGAAUACCUCAACUCCGGCCUGGUGCAGCCCAUGCUGGACCCAGUCAUCCAUAAGAUGAUAACAUACGUGCAGAACCUGGAGGAGAAAGACCUGAAAGACAAGCGUUUGGUGAGUAUUCCAGAGCUCUUGUCGGCCAUUAAGCUCCUCUGCAUGCGUUUCCAGCGGGAGCUGGUGAACGUCGUGGAUGACCUUCGGCUGGACAUCCUCCUCCGAAUGCUCAAGACGCCCCACUUCAGUGCCAAGAUGAACUCCCUUAAAGAGGUCACGAAACUCAUUGAGGAAAGCACAGUAUCCAAGACUGUGAAGAACGCCAUUGACACGGACCGACUCCUGGAUUGGCUUGUAGAAAACUCAGUCCUGUCAAUAGCUUUGGAAGGAAACAUUGACCAGGCCCAGUACUGUGACAGAAUAAAGGGAAUCAUUGAGCUGUUGGGCAGUAAGCUCUCAUUAGAUGAACUCUCCAAAAUAUGGAAAAUACAGGCUGGUCAAUCCUCCACUGUGAUAGAGAACAUCCACACCAUCAUCGCCGCUGCUGCCGUCAAGUUCAACUUUGACCAGCUCAGCCACCUCUUCGUCCUCAUACAGAAGAGCUGGGAGGUGGAGAGUGACCGCGUGAGACAGAAACUUCUGAGUCUGAUUGGACGGAUCGGCAGGGAGGCUCGCUCUGAGGCAACCACAGGAAAGGUGUUAGAGGUAUUGUGGGAGUUGGCACAUCUCCCCACCUUACCAACCACUCUAGUGCAGCAGGCCCUGGAAGAACACCUGACCAUCCUCAGCGACGCAUACGCCGUCAAAGAAACUGUCAAGAGGAACUACAUCAUCAAAUGCAUCGAAGACAUCAAGAAGAUGCAAAUACAGGAGGAUUCAAAGUCUCCCAGCGAGACACAGGUCUCUUUUCUUACUGGCACCUGGGGCAAGAAGAAACCGAGCUCAUUGGCUAAAUCGUCUCAGCAGACUAACCCUCAGACAGUGUGGGUGGUUCCAGCCUUGCGGCAGCUUCACGAGAUUACCCGGUCUUUUAUCAAACAGACCUACCAGAAACAAGACAAGAGUAUAAUCCAAGACCUGAAGAAGAAUUUUGAGAUAGUGAAGCUGAUCACAGGCUCUCUGGUGUCAUGUCAUCGCUUGGCCGUGUCCGUCGCGGGAUCCAAUGGUCUUUCUGGGUCCACACUGGUCGAUGGACGGUACUCCUAUCAGGAGUAUUUGGAGGGUCACUUGAAGUUCCUUGCAUUCUUCCUGCAAGAGGCCAGUCUGUACCUGGUCUGGAAUAGAGCCAAAGAGAUCUGGGAAUGCUUAGUGUCCGGCAUGGAUGUGUGCGAGCUGGAUCGAGAGAUGUGUUUCGAAUGGUUCACUAAAGGACAGCAUGAUCUAGAGAGUGACGUUCAACAGCAGCUCUUUAAAGAGAAGAUCCUCAAACUGGAGCCUUAUGAGAUCACUAUGAAUGGGUUUAACCUCUUCAAGACCUUCUUUGAGAAUGUAAACCUCAGUGACCACCGUCUCAAACGGCAGGGAACACAGUUGUGUGUGGAGCGAUUGGAUCUGGCUGGGAUGGACUUCAUCUGGAGAAUUGCGAUGGAAUCUCCAGACGAGGACAUCGCAAAUGAAGCCAUACAGCUCAUCAUUACCUACAGCUACAUAAAUCUCAACCCCAAAAUGAAGAAGGACUCAGUAUCUCUACAUAAGAAAUUCAUUGCUGACUGCUACAAGAGAUUGGAGGCUGCUAGCUCUGCGCUGGGCGGCCCGACCCUCACACAUGCUGUUACCCGGGCAACCAAGAUGCUGACAGCCACUGCUAUGCCAACGGUCGCCACAUCAGUGCAAUCUCCAUCUAGGUCCAGUAAACUAGUGAUCAUUGAGAGACUUCUGUUAUUGGCAGAGCGUUACGUCAUCACAAUAGAGGACCUGUAUUCUGUUCCUCGAACUAUUCUACCUCAUGGAGCGUCUUUCCACGGCCAUCCUGUUACACUUCACAUCACUUAUGAAUCUACCAAAGACACAUUCACCUUGGAGGCCCACAGCAACGAGACUAUAGGCAGCAUCAGAUGGAAGAUAGCUGAGCAGCUCAGCUGUCCGGUGGACAAUGUGCAGAUAUUUGCCAAUGACAGCAUGCUAAUUUCAAGAUCAAAGACAGCAAUAGGAGAGAGAGUGGCAUCAGCACUGCUGACGAUGAAUCGUGACCAGAAGCUGUUGAAUCAGCUGGGUUUCUCUGAUGAGCAGAGUCUGACAGUGAAGAGCUCAGGAACAGGCACACCGUCAGGCAGUUCAGCGGACAGCUCUGCCUCGGCCAGCUCCAGCAGCAGCGGGGUCUUCAACUCAGCAUACGCUCUGGAGCAGGAGAAAUCUCUUCCUGGUGUGGUCAUGGCUUUGGUGUGUAAUGUCUUUGAGAUGCUUUAUCAGCUUGCUAACUUGGAGGAACCCAGAAUAACUUUGCGUGUGAGGAAGUUGUUGCUGCUUAUCCCGACUGACCCAGAGGUGCAGGACGCCCUUGAUAACUUUGUGCCAAAAGAGUCUAGCGUCUGGAGUCACCAGAAAACUCUGUUUACACUGGGGUCUGGUUCUCAGGCCUCGAAGUCUCCGUCUCUGUCCAGUAAACAGCAGCACCAGCAGAGUGCAGCAUCUAUCCUGGAGUCUCUGUUUCGUUCAUCUGCCCCGGGCAUGUCUACAUUCAGAGUGCUCUAUAACCUGGAGGUGUUGAGCUCCAAGCUGAUGCCCACAUCUGAUGAUGAAAUGGCGAAGACCAGUGUCAAAUCUUUCUGUGAGAACUUCCUAAAAGCGGGAGGUCUCAGUUUGGUGGUUAACGUCAUGCAGAGAGACUCCAUCCCCUCUGAGGUGGACUACGAGACCAGACAGGGAGUCUAUUCCAUCUGCCUGCAGCUGGCCAGGUUCCUGCUGGUAGGGCAGGCUAUGCCUAGUAUACUCGACGAAGAGUUGAGCAAGGACGGUCUAGACACUCUGUCCUCUCGGCCGUUCCGUAACGCCGGGCGGCAGAGCGGCCGGCAGCUCUCCGUCUGUGGAACUCCGGAAAAAUCCUCCUACAGGCAGGUGUCCAUGUCUGACAGAUCCUCCAUCAGAGUAGAAGAAAUCAUCCCGGCCGCCCGUGUCGCCAUACAGACAAUGGAGGUGGGAGACUUCACAUCCACAGUGGCGUGUUUCAUGAGACUCACCUGGGCGGCAGCCGCAGGCCGAUUGGACCUAGUUGGCAACAGCCAGCCGAUCAGAGAGACCACCAACUCGCUUCUCCCACUGGGCGUACGCAGCAGGGUCAGCAGCACAGGAAGUAACUGCAGCUCCGGCAGUGAGGGAGAGAUCACCACAUUACAAGCUGGGAUAUGCGUCAAACAGCUGUGUGUGUCCAUCAAGGACACUAUUAUCGCACGAGAAGCGCUCUCGUUACUUGUCACAUGCCUUCAGCUACGCUCCCAACAGCUAUCUUCAUUUUACAAUCUGCCUUCUGUGAAUGAUUUCAUCAUUGAUAUUCUGCUGGGCUCGUCCAGUGGAGAGAUCCGACGUGUGGCGUGUGAUCAGCUGUACACUCUCAGUCAGUCAGACACAUCUGCGUACCCUGAUCUCCAGAAGCCCAACCUCUUCCUGCUGAAGGUGGUUCUGACAGCUCAACUUCCUCUCUGGUCUCCUACCAGCAUCAUGAGGGGCAUUAACCAAAGGUUGCUUUCACAAUGCACAGAGUAUUUUGACCUGCGGUGCCAACUACUGGAUGACCUGACCACAUCAGAAAUGGAGCAGCUUCAGAUCAGCCCGGCGGCCAUGCUGGAGGAUGAGAUCAGCUGGCUUGAUAAUUUCGAGCCCACUUGGACCAACGAGCUGGAGACCAGCGAGGCCGACAACAUCCUGCUGGCCGGACACCUGCGCCUCAUUAAAACCCUGCUGUCCCUCUGCGGCAGUGAGAAAGAGCAGUUUGGUCCUUCUCUGAUACAGCAGCUGUUGGACGACUUCCUGUUCAGAGCGUCUCGAAUCAUCCUGAACAGUGACAGCUCAUCUAGCACUACGGCGUCUAUCCACGACUUUCACCCAAAGUGCAGUACGGUCAGCAGUCGUCUGGCGGCGUACGAGGUGCUGGUCAUGUUGGCUGACAGCUCUCUAACUAACCUGCAACUCAUCACUAAAGAACUGCUGUCCAUGCACCAUCAGUCUGACCCAUCCCUCACCAAAGAGUUCGACUAUCUUCCUCCCGUAGACAGUCGCUCUGUGUCUGGGUUUGUGGGGCUGAAGAAUGGAGGUGCGACCUGCUAUAUGAAUGCAGUGUUCCAGCAGCUCUACAUGCAGCCUGGUCUGCCUGAGGCUGUCUUGUCAAUUGAAGAUGACACUGAAAACCCAGAGGAGAGCGUGUUCUGUCAGGUUCAGUCUCUGUUUGGUCACCUGAUGGAGAGCAAACUGCAGUACUAUGUACCUGAGAACUUCUGGAAGAUCUUUAAGAUGUGGAAUAAAGAAUUAUAUGUGCGAGAGCAGCAGGAUGCCUACGAGUUCUUCACCAGUCUGGUGGAUCAGCUUGAUGAACAUCUGAAGAAAAUUGGUCGAGAGCAGAUCUUCAAGAACACCUUUCAGGGCAUUUUCUCUGAUCAGAAGAUAUGCAAAGACUGCCCUCACAGGUAUGAGCGUGAGGAGACGUUCAUGGCUCUGAACUUGGGGGUGACGUCCUGUCAGAGUCUGGAGAUCUCUCUUGAUCAGUUCGUCAGAGGAGAGGUCCUGGAUGGCAGCAAUGCUUAUUAUUGCGAGAAAUGUAAAGAGAAGCGAACCACUGUGAAGCGCACCUGUAUAAAGUCUCUGCCCAGCGUGCUGGUCAUCCACCUCAUGCGAUUCGGCUUCGACUGGGAAAGCGGCCGGUCCAUCAAAUACGACGAGCAGAUCAGAUUCCCUUGGGUGCUGAACAUGGAGCCGUACACGGUGUCAGGAAUGGCCCGUCAGGAUUCAAGCGCAGAUCACGGAGAGAACGGGAGAGGGGGCGAAGCCGGAUCCGGGGGGUCGCCUCGGAAAAAGGUCACCAUCUCUGAGAACUACGAACUGGUGGGAGUGGUGGUUCACAGCGGACAGGCCCACGCAGGACACUAUUACUCGUUCAUCAAAGACCGCCGGGGUAGUGCACGAGGACGCUGGUAUAAGUUUAACGACAAUGUCGUGGAAGAGUUUGACAUGAACGAUGAGACUCUGGAGUAUGAGUGUUUUGGGGGAGAAUACAGACCCAAAGUUUACGACCAGUCGAACCCCUACCCGGAUGUGCGGCGGCGCUACUGGAAUGCCUACAUGCUGUUCUACCAGCGCAUCAGUGACCAGAACUCCCCCGUCCUGCCCAAAAAGAGUCGAGUCAGCAUCAUGAGGCAGGAGGCAGAGGAUCUCUCCCUGUCAGCCCCGUCCUCUCCGGAGAUCUCACCCCAAUCCUCCCCAAGGCCUCCCAGAGCCAACAACGACCGCCUCAGCCUGCUCACACGCUUGGUCAAGAAAGGAGAGAAGAAGGGUCUGUUUGUGGAGAAGAUGCCCGCCAGGAUCUUUCAGAUGGUGAGAGAUGAAAAUCUGAAGUUUAUGAAGAACAGAGAUGUUUACAACGGCGAUUACUUCAGCUUCACACUGUCUCUGGCCUCUGUCAAUGCGACAAAGUUAAAACAUCCGUCUUAUCAGGCCAUGGCAAAAACUAGCCUGCAGCUGGCUGUUCAGUUCCUCUUCCACACAUACCUGCGCACCAAAAAGAAACUCAGGGUGGACACAGAGGAGUGGAUUGCUACCGUGGAGGUUUUGUUGUCCAAGAGUAGCGAGGCAUGUCAGUGGAUGGUCCAGUACCUAGUGGCACCUGAAGGACGGGAGAUCAUCAAGAUCUGUCUGUUGGAAUGCAGUGUUCGGGAGGUCCGUGUCGUGGUGGCCACCAUCCUGGAGAAGACCCUGGAGAGUGCUUUGCACUUCCAUGACAUUGGGCUGGACUGUCUUUUAGACAUGCUGCUUUCUCUGUUGGAUAAGGACGUCCCGGACAACUGCAAGAACUGUUCUCAGUACUUCAGCCUCUUCAGUAACUUUGCUCAGAGGGGCUGUGGGCCGUGUCAGCUGCUGCUAAAACAUUCAGCUUAUCGUCGGAUGCUUGUCUUCCUCCUGGGAGCCAACCGGCAAAACAACCAGCACCGACGCUGGAGUUCAGCACAGGCUCGAGAGUUCCUGCAUCUCCACAACACUCUGGCCUUGAUAGUGCUGCACACAGACCUCACGUCUCUGAGAUUGGAGGCUCAAGGAGUGUUCAAGCACGCUUCCUCAGGACUGGUGGCUCCAUCUUCGCCCCUCCUGCCUCUACAUCCAGACAUCAUCGCGCUGCUCUUUAAAGCGGAAGGACAGGUGUAUCUCAUGGAGGUGAUGUUUGCCAUGCGUGAGUUGUCCGGCCCGUUGUCGUUUCUCAUAGAGAUGAUCACAUAUUGCUCAUUCUGUAAUGAACCUUUCUCAUUGGGAGUCCUGCAUUUACUCAAGAAUCAUCUGGAAACGGCUCCUCCUCAUGAACUGAAGAACGUUUUUCAGAUGCUGCUAGAGAUCCUGAUGGUAGAGGACCCUCUGCAGUCCCAGAGGCUCAAAUAUGCAUUUGAAUCUGAUAAGGGCCUUCUGGCUUUGAUGCAUCAGAGCAACAAUGUGGACAGCAGUCGCUGCUAUCAGUGUGUGAAGUUCCUGGUCACGCUGGCACAGAAAUGUUCUCCAGCUAAGGACUAUUUUAAAGAGCUCUCAGGACAUUGGAGUUGGGCAGUGCAGUGGCUUCAGAAGAAGAUGUCAGAGCACUACUGGACGCCUCAGAGUAACGUAUCGAAUGAGACGUCCACGGCUAAAACCUUCCAGCGCACCAUCUCAGCACAGGACACUCUGGCUUAUGCCACAGCUUUACUGAAUGAGAAGGAGCAGUCCGGCAGCAGCAAUGGAUCAGACGGCAGCCCGGCCAAUGAGAACUCAGACCGAAGCCUCAGACAGGGAUCUGAAUCCCCAAUGAUGUUGGGUGAUUCUCGGAGUGAUCUAGAAGAUGUGGACCCCUAACGUUUCUCAUUGUUUGUGCGCAACAAAACAACACAAAAAAAAUCCCCUCUGACGGAAAGAUGUUGGGGCUCUAAACACACAAUCAGAAAACUGCAUUUGAUUUUCUAGGGACUGGAAAUGGAACGACCAGAAGGAGCCAAAGGGCCCGUCGGAGCGCUCACUCUUCAAGCUGCCUCGCCGGAGACGUGAACAGACGCAAAUAUCCAUUUUUUUUUUUUUUUUUCUUCUGGUGGUUAAAGACUGGCUGGAUGAAAUUAGAGUUCAUGUCUUGCAAGUUAUUGAGAUGUUUCAUCUGACUUGAUGUGUUCUGUCAGACGAAUGGGACUUAAAAACGGAGGCUUUCAUUUCCUUGACGUUUUUACACAGAACUACUACUAUGGUGCCAGACGGGGUGUUUUAAAAGAAAUCAGUCAGCGUAUAUUUGCCAAUGUAAUUAAGUAGAUACUGUUCAUGAGAAAUGUAAAGAUGUGUUCCAUAAGUGUAAUUUCAAAUGUAAAAUAAUAUUUUUAAGAAUCCUUUACUGAUUUUCUUUAUUUUUUUCUGGAUCUGUUUGAGAGGUGCCUCAAAUCUAUUCAAGAAAAAGAGGAACUUGCCAAGUCUCUGAGAGUCAAAUAAUCACACCAUUUUUCCCUUCUCAUUCUUGCUGGUAUUUUUAAAAUGCACUUUAUAUUUGAAUUCAGUUUGUGACCGAUUCAUCACGUGGAGACAAUUGGACAUACAUGCCCCUCGCUGCUCUCUGUCCAUCCUUGACUUUCUGGAUAGGAACCGCUGGAUAGGAACAGCGUGCAGCAGAAGACACGAGAUGUUUACGCACGUAAACAGAGAAAUAUGACGGUGGACAUGGGGGACAGACUUUACAGCGGAAGACGCAUCGCAUCAGAAGAUACACAUAUGCAACACACAGAGAUGCUACUGUCCAAUGAAGGUUUCUUCCUCCUGAAAGACAAUGAGUGCUACAAUCAGCAGUGUCAUCUCACUAUUUCUGUUCAUCUGUUUUGAUGUUGUCUUGUGCUGCUCUGGUAUGAAGGUCUAGGAUGUGAAGACACUUUUCAGGGUUAAUUUUGCCAAAUUUGUCCCUUUUUUUUGUUCAUUUGCCUGCAUCAUUUCCAUUCAGUCUGCCUUAUGCGAUAGAAUGACGGGACGAGGAUCGGGCAGAAAGGGGAUGAAGGGGGAGGGGAAAGAGUAAGACAGAGGUUGUUUAAGGGAUGGGAAGUUGUCAAAGACCAGUAAAGUGCCUUUACUCGACUCGUCCCCUACGCUGCUCGCGUCCUCGUCUUGAGACAAACCAGUAGACAAAUCGUGCUACACAAAUGCCUGAACUCGCUCGACAUUUCGAUAACAACGCACACACAUACGCUCGGCCGCGCUCAUCUCAGAGCGCCAUAUGAGGACACAGGCGGCAUCUCGUGCGUCACGGUCGCUUGUUUGAGCCGGGCCUGUGAUGUCUCUCUUUCAGGGAGUCCGCAGGGUGAUUCAUCUGCCGUUUGCUGCUCAUUUUGUAUUUAGACUAGAACACUUAGUGACAUUGCUUCAAUGUUUACAGUGGAAAGACCUCAACACCACCUCACACAAACGUUUGCUGAAAGAGUGCUGCUUUUUUCUUCACAGUCACCUGCUCUUUGCUUGGUUUUUCGAAAACUUUCAUGUUGAUGCUUUUUUGGCGUGCUUCUUCGCAUGUUUGCAUGUGUGAGAGACUCUCUUGGUGGAAAAGAAUUGAGUAAACCGGCCAAAGCUGAAACACACUAGUCCUCCACCUGUUGAGAAAAAAAACAAAAACUUAAACCAGCCUAAGCGGGUAUGCUGGUCUUGGCUGGUUUCUUCUGGUUUCCCUGCCUGGCUUAGUUGGUGUUCAGCUGGUUUAGUGGCCAAAUACCAACUUGAAGACUGCUUGAAGAUGUUUUUUUUUUCCCCCUGCUUACCCAGCAUACCAUCUUAAACUAGUUUAACAUGUUUUUUUCUUCAACAGGCCAGACUAGUUUGCUGGUUUUAGAGUGACUUUGGGCACUUUGACUGAAGAUUGGUCAGGCUGGGAGACCAGGUAAAACCAGAAAACCACUUAAGGCUGGUUUAAGAUGUUUUUUUUCUCAGCAGGGAAAGCCUGCUUAUCUGGUUUUGGGAGGUUUUCGUGCACUUACAACUCUUGAUUUGUCUGGCUGGGUGAUUAGGUAAAACCAGAAAGUCACUUAAGGCCAGUUUAAGAUGUUUUUUUCUCAGCAGGGAAAGCCUGCUUAUCUGGUUUUGGGGGGUUUUCGUGCACUUAAACUCUUGAUUGGUCUGGCUGGGUGAUCAGGUAAAACCAGCAUACCAUCUUAAACUAGUUUAACAUGUUUUUUCAAACAGGGCCAUCCUUGUAUGCUGGUUUUAGAGUGAUUUUGGGCUCUGUAACUCUUGAUUGGUCAGGCUGGGAGACCAGGUAAAACCAGCAAAACACUUAAGGCUGGUUUAAGAUGUUUUUCUCAGCAGGGAAAGCCUGCUUAGCUGGUUUUAGGGGGUUUUCGAGCACUUAAACUCUUGAUUGGUCUGGCUGGGUGAUCAGGUAAAACCAGCACACAAUCUUAAACUGGUUUAACAUGUUUUUUUUUCAAUAGGACUGGAGUAGUUUGCUGGUUUUAGAGUGGUUUUGGGCACUUUAACUCAAGAUUGGUCGGACUGGGUGACCAAUUAAAACCAGCAAACCUGUUAAGGCUGGUUUAAACAGUUCUUUUCAGAAGGGUAUUUGACUUUUUGACUCUUUAACCUCUUGGUGUCAGCCUCUUAUAGUCAGCGAAACACUGCAGUACUCACAACUGCCUUUAUACUUUGAAUCAGUAAAUGAUUCAUUGCUAAUUCACAGCCGCAGAUGUGGUUAGCGUUUGGGAUGAUUAGCUAAACAGUUUUUAGGAUCUCGGGCUGAAGGCACAGGGUUCAGUGACGAUUGACAAUUCAUCAGAUCAGUGCCUGAACACAAGGCAUCUUUCUUAUUUUGCUGGAAUAUGCGCAUUCGCAAUGAUAUCACACUAAUUUCAGCUCAGCUGCCUAGAUCGGUUUUCACUAAAUGAGCCCAUAAGAAACGGUGCUGUAGAGUCUUCUUUGAAGUACGGUGUACUUGAGUGAACAGAGUGUGAUAAAACUAUCAUCAAGUCUGAUCCUCCUCCCUCCAAUCAAUCUUUUUUUAACCUUUCCUACACCUGUAGAUGCUGUACCAACCACUCGGCAGAUCUGUGACGAGGCUUGAAUUUUUAAGCUGGGUGUCAGGACAGGGUUGAAGAUUCUUGAAGAGUUUUUAAUAACUGGGGAUUCUGAGAUUCAUUUCUGCUGCGAGUGUGUAUGAUGUGUAAAGGAAUCUGUUAAUGCAUGUUAAAACCACAUUUUAAUUUGUACAUCAGAGUUUGACAAUGAAAACAUUUGAUAUAAAAAAGGAAAAACUGGAAUGCACAA